GAAGGUGUCGCAGUGGCAAGUGCAUCCAGAAACAGAGCGUCUGCGAUGGAACCUUCAAGGAUUGCGAGGAGGGUGAAGAUGAGGCCUUGCAGUACUGUGACAAGGUCCACGUAUGUCCUGAAAGCAAGCCCUUCAAAUGUGACUAUGGGAUAUGCAUCCAGGAGGAGAUGCUAUGCGACGGGUCCUACAACUGCCUAGAUGCUUCCGAUGAGCUUCUCUGCGGCAAGAAGAACUGCCCGGCUAGUCGACCUUUCAAGUGCUUGGAUGGCGUCUGUAUUUCAAUGGAUAAGGUCUGCAAUGGGGUUGUGGAUGGGUGCCAUGAUGGAGGGGAUGAGAAAAACUGCACAGCAAUACCCUGUCCCGUUGACCGCAGUUUUAAGUGCAAAAGUGGCCUGUGUAUUGACAGCUGGCUGGUUUGCAAUAGGAACAACGACUGUCCAGACGGAAGUGAUGAAGAGAAUUGUGGUAACACAACUCCCGCACCAUCUACCACAGUCCGCACGACUUCCUCAACGGUUGGAGUAACACCGCCUUCCUGCGCCAGUGACGAGUUCCUCUGUGACACUACUGGGGGUUGCAUAUCACUCGACAAU